AUGAAGAUCGUGCACUUCUUUCCAGCAGUCGUGGCAAUGGCCAUGACCGCUGCAGCAGCAGCAGCAGACACCAACGUGUCACUAGUUGACAGCACCGACCAAGUGGGGACCGUGCACGCACUUCAGGAACAAGUUGCAGGCAGCAACUACCGUGCUCCGUUUUCCACCGAAGCGCCUUCCGACAUCUUCCAGCGCCGUGACACACUGACCGCCUUGGCCCCGAUCGUCAACGUGGCUUCCGACUUGCUGACGCGGCCAUUGCCCACGAACAAAUGGUGGGGAAACCUUAUUCACACCACGGCUCAGGACAUUGACACAGUGGCCACACCCGCGUGGGCGAACCCGUACGCACUCAAGCUGCCCAAGAAAGCUCCUUUCGGCCUCCAAGCUUGCUACUCGUACUCGUACCGCAACAUGGCGAACGAGGUCAAUGGCGUCGUCAAGUACUACCUGCACGCCUUUCACAACGACCUCACGCUAUCGGCGACUGAAUUCGCGUCGACCAAACCCGACUACGAGAUCUACGCCUUCAGUGACGAAGGCGUCAGUGUCCGCACUUGCGUCGCAUCAGGCAGCGACAGCUGCAUGGACUCGGCUCUCGUCAGUGGAAUGGCGUUCGUGUCGGCCACGUACUCCGGUCUCACUGCGAGCAUCCACUCGGAAUACACCAUGACCUUGAAGGACAGCUCGACGCCUGGCAAGUACAUCCUCCAGCUCCCGAACAAACAGACGUGGGUGGUCUACUCGAGCGACACGAGUGCCUCCUUCUCGAUUGAUAGCACUGGCUCGGCAUUGGUGGCGAGUGCAGCGUACACGGGUACACUUCGAGUAGCAGUUCUCCCCCAGGGCGGCGACCUCAGCGUGUACGAUGACUACGCGUCCUGCAUCGUUCGUGGCGGCAGCUUUGCCAUGCAGUCUCGCACGGCUUACUCGUUCGAGUGGGAAACCGAGGGCAAGGGAUGCGACAGCACGGGGCUUCUGCACUUUGCUCUGCCCCAUCAAGUGGAAGUCCUGAGCGACGCCAUCACUUCCCAGUCGACCGGAGCCAUUGUGCUGCACUCGGCAACGCGCGGUCAGAUGGUUGGUCAAGUGACCACGUCUUCGAGCUGGUCGUUGGCGGAGGACGAAGCGGCGGACGAGGUGGACUUCUACCCGGGCAACAAGCCUUCGCCUGACGUAAUUGCUCAGAUCAACCUCUUGUCCACGCUGCAGAGCGACAUCGACAGCGACUGGAGCUUCAAUACCGGUAGCUGGUACUUUAACGGCAAGGCGUAUCAGAAGUACGCGUCCCUCUGCUUGAUGGCGGCCGACAGCUCCGUCGUGGGCGAGGAUACGACGUUGUUGAGCACUUGUCUCGCCAAGCUGGAGAAAUUGCUCGCGCCGUUCUUGGACAAUACGCUCGGCUCGCCUCUUGUCUACGAGACGGCCUACAAGGGUAUUGUGACGAGCCAGGUCUUCACGGCCAACGACGUCAACGUCGAGUUCGGCAACGGGAUCUACAACGACCACCACUACCAUUACGGCUACUGGAUCACGGCGUCAGCAAUCCUGAAGAAGCUGGAUCCGUCGUGGUCAGGCAUGCCACAGCUCGAGACGAUGGUGUGGACCAUGCUGCGCGACGUGGCCAACCCGAGCGAAGACGACACGUACUUCCCGACGUUCCGACACUUUUCGUGGUUCCGGGGCCAUUCGUACUCGCACGGCGUGUCCCCGAUGGCCGAUGGCAAGGACGAGGAAAGCACGUCGGAGGACGUGAACUUCAGCUACGGCAUGAUGCUCUGGGGCAAGGUAACGCAGAACAAGGCCGUGGAAGACUUGGGGAGUCUCAUGCUGCGCUUGAACGCGCGGGCCGUGCGCACGUACUUCCUCAUGACGUCGGACAGCACGGUUCACCCGCCGCAGUUCGUGCCCAACCACGUCACGGGCAUCUUCUUCGAUAACAAGGCGGACUACGCGACAUGGUUCAGUGCGGAGAAGUACUGCAUCCACGGCAUCCAGAUGAUCCCCGUGUCGCCCAUCAAUGGUCUCGUCCGGACCAAGGCGUUCGUUCAGGAGGAAUGGGACGACAUUCUGUCAAAGGAGGCGAUUGUCACGAGCGGUGACACCUCCAACGCCUGGUUGUCCCUAUUGCUCGUGAACGAGGCAGUGAUCAACCAAGCCGACGCACUAGAAAAGCUCGCAACGGCUACCAUGGACGACGGUCUCUCUCAUUCUUGGGCUUUGUACAAUGCGGCCUCUCGCGGUGGACCAAGCUUGAGCGGCAGCACCACGGUAGUCACAGUGGCGCCAAGCACCUCGACCAUCGAGGCGUCUGGUUCCAGCUCAGCGGCCACAUCCGACACGCGUGAUGCAACGACCGCUACUCCGGUUAUCGACUCGGAGAAUCCGGAGGGCACUGCUGUUGUCACGGCCACUACGACGUCCACAGCUGCUGCAAUUGCUGCUCCUGAGACGGACACUCCUGAUGCAAGUUCGUUAUCAACCACUUCGCUUCCACCUGCGGCUACCACUUCGGUCGACACAUUGGCCACUCCCGCUGCAACUCCGACCGUCUCGUCAUGUAAGCGGAGUGUCAAGUCGAAGACUUCAACUCCAGCUGCCACUCCGUCCCCCUGA